UAUCUAUCGCGGCCUGUGACAGCUAUUGUAUUAGAUGUUCAGUGGUUUAGAGGGAGCUUCAAAUUUAUUGAUAACGAUAACAUGAAUUUGUAUUAAUGGAUGUGUCGUACUCGUUCGGACUAAUCAAUUCCGGGAGAAAUGAACUUCGUUACUUGGUAUUCGUCAGUAGGAACGUAUUCGGUUGAAUAGAAAAAUGUGAAGAAUAGAAAUAAAAGUCAAUGCUCUUGGUACGGUCAUCGUUGAUCAGUUUAUCUAUGAGAGGGAAUCGUGAGUACUUGUCGAAAGGAUUACAAAUCGUGUUAUUCCACAUUUUAGCAGAACUCAGAACUUUUCGAUUUAGUUGCGUGUACAUACGUACUUAGGCCCCAGGCUCUACAUCUUUGUGAUAAUCGCUUCGUAACACAGGGUACGAAACGUCAUUUAAUUUUCACAUAACCUCGAUCCGCUUUCGUUUCGAGCGAACUAUGGUUAUGAUGACAAACAUUAUUGGCGUAUUUUCGUGCGAUUAAUAGUCGGGGAAUCAAUAGGCACCAACGUAAAUCAUGGGUUAUGACUACACGUUUUUUCAUAGAGAAAAAGACGUCCACAAUAAAUGUUACGAUGGGAGAUUGUGGUGUAUAAAAAAAUUGUUUUAUCAUUGCAGGACAUAUGCGGAAUCAUAUGUGCAGUCUUAACGUGGUUGUUAAUAAUUUACGCAGAAUUCGUGGUGAUGGCGGUCAUUCUCAUUCCUACGAUAAACACUCUCUACUCCAGUUUAAACACCGCGAUAUUUCAAUCUUUAACUUUUCUAGCUUUUGCGUCGCAUUUAAGAACGAUGUUCACAGAUCCGGGUGCUGUUCCGAAAGGAAACGCUACCAAAGAGAUGAUAGAACAAAUGGGAUUUAGGGACGGGCAAGUAAUUUUUAAGUGCCCGAAGUGUUGCUCGAUCAAACCAGAUAGGGCACAUCAUUGUUCGGUAUGCCAAAGAUGCAUCAGGAAAAUGGACCACCAUUGCCCUUGGGUGAAUAAUUGCGUCGGGGAGAACAAUCAGAAGUAUUUUGUACUUUUUACCUUCUACAUAGCAGCAAUGUCGUUGCAAUCAUUAUUUUUAUGUAUACAACAAUUUGCAACGUGCGUGAGGCAAGAGUGGAAAGAGUGUUCUACGUUUAGUCCGCCGGCGACGGUCGUGCUGUUGCUUUUUUUGGCUUUCGAGGCUCUUUUGUUCGCUAUAUUUACGGCCGUGAUGUUGGGAACGCAGCUACAAGCAAUAUGGAACGACGAAACCGGCAUUGAACAAUUGAAGAAAGAGGAAGCCAGGUGGGUCCGUAACAGUAGAUGGAAAUCCAUCCAAGCCGUCUUCGGAAGAUUUUCUAUCGCCUGGUUCUCGCCGUUUACUUCGCCUCCGAAGGGGAAGACGAAACAAGAAUCUUAUUUAUAUUCCGUUUAACGCGUUGUUACAACGAGCGGCUCUAUCCCAGGGAUACAUACAUAUUUCAUACUUGUAAAUAGGUGACAACUAUCGCGUAUCGUGAAUUCACGUACAAAUCUAUCGAACAUUUGUACUUUUAUACGGUUAUCUAACGCGUUUUCGUUUCAUCGCGAUCAUUUUUAAGGGGUACUUAAAAGGUUGGAAAGUAAGGGAACCAAAAGGGGGAGAUUUUUUAACUUGCAGACGUGGAACAAAGCGAUUCUUUUCCAAGCACUUUUGUGUUCAAUCAUUUGAAAUCAUCGUACAGCGAUCAUUUCUCUUUUCCACCGAUCUAUUUACUCGUAAUACUGGACAAUGUUUAUCGUGCUAGCGUAAUUUAUAUCGUAAAAGUAGAGUAUGCGCCAGUAUUAUACGAUGCGACGAGGUCGAUGUUUCGCACCGUUUUCAACAAGCGUAUAUGUAUGUACAUGUAUAUCGCACAUUGUGAUAGUAACGUAUCGCGUUUACCACGUGCUUGCUUUAUCCGUUGUGAUUCGAAAACCUAAGUCUCUCAGUUUUUCUUCUCGAUUGACGACGCAACGAUAAGUUCCGACGAGACAAUAAUCUCUAUCGUCAUCGUUACCCGAUGAUUCGCGGCAGCAACGACCCUUAUAGGAGAACCUUACGCACGUAUACACUCAUUACUUGGUCUCUUCAGACCUGACAUACCGACAGCUUUCAUUUUAUUCCCCGUUUUCGUACGCGAGCGUACAAUGACGAUACCUGAUGUUUUUCUAUGUAUAAAUAAAUUGUACAGUUUCUCAUAUCCCA